AUGGAAGUAAUAGAGGAGCUUGCAUCUAAUGAAGAAGGAUGGAGCAACGAAAGGAGUAAGGUGCAUAGGGUAGCGUCUACUACAGAUCAUGAUCCUAUGAGUGCCCUAUCCGACAAGUUGGAUGCGCUGACUAUGAAAUUUGACUGCAUUGCAAUGGGACAGCCGUCUCAAGAACCCCAAGGAAAAAUGGGGGACGUGAACUAUGUGAAUCAAGGGGACAACAACCGGUACUUCAAUAAUCACCGCCCCAACUUUCAGGGUGGAGGAUAUAAUCAGUUCGGGAACAAAUGUCAUCCCAAUCUCUCUUAUGGAAACCCAAAUAAUGCUCUGCAACCACCCCUGGGGUUCACAGUUACUGAUGGAGUGUCCAACAAGCUCAUGGAGCAGAACAAUCAAAGGAUGGAGAAGGUUGAGACAGAUGUGCAAAGUAUGGCCACUCAUCUGAAGAAUAUCGACACACAGAUCAGCCAGAUUUCCCAGACUGUGAGUACUAUUACUCAAUCGGGAAAAUUCCCUUCGAACACCAUCAUAAAUCCCAAAGAAUGCAAAGCUGUGCAUCUAAGGAGUGGCACUGUUUAUGAAGCUCCCUCACUGCCUGCGACCACAUCUGAUACAGUUCUUGAGCCCAAGGCUGCCGUGGCAGAGAAGGAAAAGGAGGUUGGAAAGGAGAAUAUUGGCACCACUUCUGGAGUAAAGGUGCCAUUCCCGCAGGUACUGAAUCAGAAGAAGAAGAAGAAAGAUGAGCAGUUCACUCGAUUUAUGGACAUCUUCAGAAAGGUGCAUGUGAACAUUCCUUUAAUCGAGGCACUGCAGCAGAUGCCUAAGUACGCUAAGUUUCUGAAGGAGGUGAUAGCCCAGAAGACCAGUUGGGGGCAGGUUGACACUAUUAAUCUAACUGAAAAUUGCAGUGCUCUGCUGCAAAGGAAACUGCCUGCCAAGCUGAAGGAUCCUGGAAGUUUCAUUGUCGACUGCCUCAUUGGGGGCUAUAAGGUGGAGAAUGCUCUCUGCGAUCUAGGCGCGAGCAUUAAUCUAAUGCCACUAUCGGUGUUCAAGCAAAUGAACAUUGGUACUUUGAAGCCCACCUCAGCCACACUACAGAUGGCAGACAGAUCUGUCGUGUAUCCAGAGGGCAUUGUGGAAGACCUACUGAUUAAGGUCGGGGAAUUUAUUUUUCCCAUCGACUUUAUGGUCUUGGACAUGGAAGAAGACAAGGGAGUCCCCCUACUGCUAGGACGUCCCUUCCUUGCCACUGCUGAGGCAAAUAUAAACGUGAAAAAUGGAGAGUUGACAAUCUUCAUGGGAGAAGAAAGUCAAACGUUUUCCCACAAACCGAGAAGCAUGGAUGGAAGAACUGAGGAGUGCAAGGUGGUGCGUCUGAAGCACCAAGAGACUACUGAAGAAAGAGGAUCGAGUGCAGUCAGAAAAGUGAAGUAG